AUUGCAACUGUGUAGAUAAUUCAUUAAAGAUUGUUAUUAAGCCUAUGCUUUAGAUCUAUAGAAUUUUGAAGUAUGAAUUGUUGCUCUAAUUACAUAAUGCAUAUAGUAUUUAUACAUUUCUAAAUCUCUUUUUUGUUUAUUACUCUAUUGCUUUAUUUCUUAUUGCUACAGGACAUCUUAUGCUUCCUGAUAAUACCGAUGGAGAAUUGUACAGAAAUGACAAAGUUCAUACUUCUAGGACUAACUAAUGCCCCAGAACUACAGGUCCCCCUCUUUAUCUUGUUCACCUUCGUCUACCUCCUCACUCUGUGUGGGAACGUGGGAAUGAUGAUGCUGAUCCUGAUGGACUCUUAUCUCCACACCCCCAUGUACUUUUUCCUCAGUAACCUGUCUCUGGUGGAUUUUGGAUACUCCUUAACCGUCACUCCCAAGGUCAUGGCUGGGUUCCUUAGAGGAGACAAGGUCAUCUCCUACAAUGCAUGUGCUGUUCAGAUGUUCUUCUUUGUAGCCUUGGCCACUGUGGAAAAUUACUUGUUGGCCUCAAUGGCCUAUGACCGCUAUGCAGCAGUGUGCAAACCCCUACACUACACCACCACCAUGACGGCCAGUGUAUGUGCUCGUCUGGCCCUAGGCUCAUAUGUCUGUGGCUUCCUAAAUGCCUCAUUCCACAUUGGGGGCAUAUUCAGUCUCUCUUUCUGUAAGUCCAAUGAAGUCCAUCACUUUUUCUGUGAUGUUCCAGCAGUCAUGGCUCUGUCUUGCUCUGAUAAACACAUUAGUGAGGCAAUUCUGGUUUUUAUGUCAAGCUUUAAUAUCUUUUUUGCUCUUCUAGUUAUCUUUAUCUCCUACUUGUUCAUAUUCAUCACCAUCUUGAAGAGGCAUUCAGCUAAGGGACACCAAAAAGCAUUAUCCACCUGUGCCUCUCAUUUCACUGCAGUCUCCAUCUUCUAUGGGACAGUCAUCUUCAUGUACUUGCAGCCCAGCUCCAGCCACUCCAUGGACACAGACAAAAUGGCAUCCGUGUUCUACGCUAUGAUCAUCCCCAUGCUGAACCCUGUGGUCUACAGCCUGAGGAACAGAGAAGUCAAGAAUGCAUUCAAGAAAGUGUUGAGAAGGCAAAAAUUUCUAUAAGAUUGGAAUUUUAACACUGUGGUAUACACAAAAAUGUUUCACUCAUCUCAGACCUUCCUCACGCAAUGAGUUACACUUGAAACCCCACAAUACAUUUAAGUUCAUGAGGUGAUAUUCUUACCUCUUUAGAAGUCAAUUAUGUAAUAAAAAUAAAACGUUCUCAGAAAUGUAACACCUGAACGAGGAAGGCUAAAGGGAAAUGUUAGGAUUUUUGGAACUUGCUGGUCAAACCUUACUAAUGACAUUUGGUUCACUCACUUGUUCCACUUGCAUUUUCUCUACCACAUUCCAAUGCAAACAUACUUGUUAAACAGGGACACCAACAAGCCCACAAAAAUGUACAUGUUUAUGCCCUUGUGGGCACAUAGGCAUUAGAAGGAGAAAUUUACUCAGAAGUAAGUGGAGUGUGGCUAGUUUUUAUAUAAAGGACUUAAGUAAUUAAUUUAGUAUUAUAGUAUAAAUUUAUUUUUGAAUAGACUUUUUAAGAAUAGUUUUAUGUUCACAUUAAAAUGGAGAAGUAAGUACAGAGAUUUCCCAUAUACCUUCUGCCCCCACAUACGUAUACCCUCCCUCAUUGUCGAUAUCCUCCAACAGAGUGCUACAUUUUUUUACAGUUGAUGAACCUACAUUGACACAUCAUUAUCAUCCUAAGACCAUAGUUUA